AUGCCUCAAGAAGAAUGCGUUCCAUUACGCACGCCCGGCGACUUCGACUUCCAGGACGCGUAUUAUUGGUACAUUACCCCGCCGCCCCGGAUACUGGGACAACGGCUUACUCGCGUCAUGUCAUCUCUCCCUUCCAUUGACGAUACGCUCGGUGCCGUCUUUAUCGGCACUUACAUCUCUCUCGUGCUGUAUGGACUGGCAUUGCAUCAGGCGUAUCUGUACUAUGUCAACUACCCCUACGAUAAGCGAUGGCUGAAAAUUUAUGUCGGGAUUGUCCUAGUGCUGGAACUAGUAUGCACUGUGCUCACCUGCCAUAUGUGCUACUACUAUGGGGUCUCAAACUACGCAGAUCCAACCAGCUUGGGGUAUAUCGUAUGGUCAACAGUAGUACUAGCCAUCGUCGGCGCCCUCAUGGUUGUAUUCACACAAUGCUUCUUUUUGCAUCGUGUCUGGCUGAUUGGGCGCCAGUAUAGGCCCGUCGCCGUGAUCGCGUUCAUGUUCAUGAUGCUGGAGUUGAGCGUGUGCUUCGCGUAUGCGGUCGAUGCGUUGCGGUUGAAGACUUGGGAUGGCAUGACUCCCCGAGUGUGGUUCGUUUCGGUGCACACAUCUGCGUCUGCCGUCGCGGACCUCCUCAUCACAUGGGUCCUGAUCUACACGCUGCGACAAAACCAAAAACGCGGUAUGCAGCGGACUAACGACAUGAUCAACGAUCUCAUACUGUACUCGGUCAGCACCGGCCUGGUCACGGGGGUGUACAACAUUGUGUGUUUCAUCCUGUCUCUCGCUCUUCCACAGACGCUGCUAUAUUGGGCGACCGUGAUGGUCGGACUUAAACUAUAUUCAAACUCGCUCCUAGCGGCUCUAAACUCUCGCCGCUCUAUCUCGGCACGCCAUCCCGCGGGUGUCACCGACACGUCUCCCUUCGGCGUCAGCAUUCGACCAUUGGACUCUAUCGAGCUAUCGCACUCAACGAAGCAUACCUCUCAGAUGGUCACGAGUUGGAACGUGCGAUCACUUGCUGGACGCGACGACACUCAGUCGACAAGCGAGGCUGGAGACAAUGGAAUUGCUGUGAAGAUUACCAAGGAGGUCGUUCGCGAGCCGUCAGAGUCGGAUCUGAAGCGUACAGAGGAUGUCUGA